AUGUCGUCUUCGCAACAGGGAACGCCCAGGACCGAGGACAAGAAGGAGUCCCAAGGGGAGUCGUCUCGUCCUGGCCAGCAGAGACAAGAGUCGCAACAGCAAGGACAAAAGGAGGCGCAGAGCCAACAACAAUCUGAGAACAACCAGGCCCAGCAACCACGAGCUGAGGAGACCAACCGCAACGCUCAACCGGAGUCUCGCAACAACCAGGCCAGCGCAGAAGACGAUCAAGAAGAGGACGGUCAAGAUCAGGACCAAGAACAAUAUGACGACGAUGAAGAGCAAUAUUACGACCAAGAUGAAGACAACUAUGACGACCAGGCCUACUCCGGCGACGAGGAGCAGUACGAGCCCGAACAAGACCAAGGACAGGACCAACAAGAAGUAGAACAAGAGGAAGAGGUGCCUGAGCCUGAGCCUGAGCCCGAGCCCGAGAUGCAGCGCGACUCCGCCGCAACGCCCGCAUCGGACCGGCCUGUCACCCCCAAGGACAAUGAGGAGGCGACGCCGUACUGGGAGCAGGACAAUCAGGAAGAUGAGCAGGACAAGCAGGUCGCCAAGCCCAAGAAGAGCAGCAAGAAGAAGAAGAGCAAGCGCAGGCAGCCCCGGUACGAGUCCGAAGAUGAGGACGACUACCAGGACGACGAGCAGCAGCAGCAGUACUGGCAACAACAGCAGCAGAUGCAGAUGAUGCAGCAACAGCAAAUGAUGCAGCAGCAGCAGCAGGGCGGCGGCGGCGGCGAAAGCAAGAACCCGCUCAAGCUGAGGCUGGACCUCAACCUCGAGAUUGAAAUCGAGCUCAAGGCGCACAUCCACGGUGACCUGGAGCUGGCUUUGCUGUAA